UAUAAUUUUUAAUUAUUUUAAUUAGAACUACAAUAAAGAAAAUUCUAAAACUAAUUAUUAUCAUUUGCCUAAUAACUUAAACGAUAUUACAAAUAAUAAUUUAUAGUAGCUAAUUUUCAAAAUUAUAGAAAGUGUAAUAAUGUUUGAUCAAUUCUUUUUAUAUUUAUAUACAACAUAAAAUAAUGAAUAGAAAAUAAUUUAUAUAAAUUGAUAUAAUGAUUAAAUAUUCAUAUAAAAAUAUAGUCUUAUCUAUAAUAAUUAUUAAUCUCUUAUAAUGUCUAUUUACGCUUUAUAAAUAAUUAGGCUUUGAAGACUGGACCGAUUAUAUUGAACAGAACAUGUGGAAAUUUGAUUAAAAAUGUUUUGCAAUUAAGUCAAAUAAUAUAGUGGAAUAAAAUAUUGUUAUGAUUAAAAAUAAUUCUAAGAUAGAUAUUUAGUUCAUUGAUUGUAUGGUUUGUAUUACUAUCUAGAAAUAGAAAUAAAUAUUUGGAAAAAUAUGUAAAAAAUAAGGAAAAUAUUAGCAAAAAAUUGAAUUCAAAGAAUGAAAUAAUAACAGAAAAAUAAGAAGAGGCCGAACAAGAUGAUAAAGAAUAUUACCGUAUAUUUAUAUACUAAUUGCUCCAUUUCAUAUUAAGUAUCGUUGUAUGGUAAAUUUUUUGUUAUAAAAUAAGUGUUAUUUUAGAAUUUUAUUGCAAAAUUUAUUAACUUUAUAUGUUAUAUUACUCUUUAUAUUUUUCAGUUUAUUUUUUUAAGUUAAAAUAUGGUUAGGUAGAAUAGAUAAUGAUUGAUUUGUGAAAAAAAAAUACAAAAUUAAAUAUUUUUUUAAUUUGUGCAAACAAAUCCAAAGUGACACUUAAACUGAAAUAGGUGGAGUAUUAUUUAUUUGGGUUCUUUACAUACUAUUAUUUAUUUGUGUUCUUUACAAAUUGUGAAUUCAAUAACUAUUCUGUACAUAAUUGAGAAUUCAAUAACUAUUAUGUACAUAAUUAAAUUGGCGCAUGUAUAUAAAUCAAAACAAUCAUUGUUAUUUAUUUACAAUCAUUUUAUGGUAAAUAAAUUCUAAUAAUCAUUUUAUCUGAUUUAUUUAAUAUAUUAUUAAGUUUACAUGAUAUUAAUAUAUGUAUAAUAUAUUUUUAAUAUGACUAUUUUUUAAAUGAAGUUUUCUACUCAUAUGGUUUUAUAAUUUUGGUAUCUUUUUUACAACAAACAUUUUAAAUCAUUGAAAUGGUUUAAUGUGAUAUUUUAACAAUUUUAUUAAUUUAUAGUCAUUUAAAAAAAUUCAAACUAUAAAAAUCUGUAUUUAUAUUAUAUGAUUAUUGUGAUUUUUUUAAUUUAUUUUAAUAAUAUAAAAUUAAACAAAAAUGAUAAAGAAUGCACAAAUUGUCAUCAUUUUUUUAUGAUUUAAAAUCAUUAACUGUUAUAUAUAUAUAUAUAUAUAUAUAUAUAUAUAUUUCAAUUAUAUUAGGUAGUUUUGUAUCUUUUAUUUAAGAAAAGAAUGAAAAAAAAAUUAUGCAUUAAUAAUUAAUUUAAUGAUUAAUCUAAUGAAAAAUAGUAUAGUUUAGAUGGAUUAACCUGGUUUCUAAGGAUUCUAUAAAAUCAUUAUAGUAUUGACAUAUGUUUUUUUCAACAAAAAGUUAAAAAACUAAGAAGAUUCUUGGUCUAAGAGCCAUUUCGAAGAAUUGAAUCAACAUAAAUCAUAGCAUAUGGCAGAUUUUUAGCACCUUGUGCCAGCUUGUCCGCCAGAGUAUUUUGCUCCCUUGGAAUAUGUUGGAUAGUAAAAGUACGAAAGAAUUCCGUACAUCACAGAAACUCUUCUAUGUGUAUCGUGAACACCGAUCAUUCUAUCGGUGUAGACACCAUUUUCACCAAUUGAAAGCAAUCAGUUGCAAAUACCACUUAUGAAAUUUGUAGGGUCUUCAUGCAUUUCAUCCAUCAAAGUUUCACAUUCAACAUGUAAAGGUGAUAGACUCAUGCGAAUAAACAUUGCACCCAUCAUAGUAUCAGUUGAUCCACAUUUUCUGUAGAUUCAUCCUUACACAUUCAUCCUUGUCCAGUGCAAUGAUCAUGUUCCUUCCAUGUUUCAUCAAUAUAAUUUACGCUAUGUAGAAUAUAAUUAUCUGUAUUAUAUGGAAAUACACGCUAUGUAGGAUCUUUAAAAAACCAAUCAGGAAAUUAAACCACAAAAUCAAAAUCUCUUAUAAGUUAUUUAAAAACAUUUUUAAAUAGAAAAAUAAUAUAAAAAAUCUUAAAAGUGAUACUCAUUAACUCUUUAGAGUGUAAAUAAAUACCAAUUUGAAGAUUUUAAAUGGAUUUUUUUUCUUUUCAAAUUGUAACAUUGAUUACAAUCACUGUACAAUUAAUUAUAAUGAAUAUAAAAGUUUAAUAGCAAUUUGUAUAUUUUUUACAAUUAUUUAAUUUUAUAAUUGUAAUAUAUUAAAAUUUAGUUUUUUAUAUUUUGAAUUUUUUAAAACCGAUUACAAAUUACUAACAAUGACGUAAAACGUACCCAACUUAAAACCCACUACGGCGUCGUUCUCCAACAAUUCAUCUUCUCUUCGGUCGACUUCGACUCGUAGAUUCCGAAGCGAGGUUUCUUCUUCCUUCAGAACUAGGGUUUUUUUCUGGGAUUCUCGAAUCUUUAAAAGCCAUGUCUGAACGACAAGACACAGGAGAUGUUUCUCUUUCCGUCAAACACGAGGAAGAAGAUGUUUCACCUGAAUCUUUAGCUUGGGCUGAUUCCUGCAUCAUCAGCUUCCCUGAUGAUUCCGACAACAAUGACUGGGGAACGUUUAGAGAUGCUUUAACCGAAAUCAUUGAUAUCCAUCCACAGAUCUUUGUUCCGACAGAAACAACAACAAGUGUUCGGUCUCGAGACGAGGUUAUGACUGAAGCCGAGUCAGUUCAGAUACCACACGCUGCUGACAGUUCUUCGGGUGAACAAGUCAGCGAGAUUGUCUCUUUGCUGAACGUUGAAUCAGACCCGUCCAAGAACUCUUUGCCAGAUCAUUACUUUCCGGCGGAGAGCAGAACAACCAAUGGACCAGUGGACAAUCAUCAUACCGCAGGUAUUGAAAGUACGGAAGAGGAUGGUUCUAUGAGCAAUGGGGAGGCGGAUGAAGAACCAGAGUCAGACACGCCUCAAGUCGUCAAGGAUGAUUUCAUGAGCAGCAGUUACGUUGAAGACAACAAAGCUGACGAAGUUGAUGUUUUGGAGGAUCCGGGUAACCUUACUCCACAAGAGAUCUUCAAGGUGUGGGAUCUUAAGAUUGUGGGAGACGGUGAUGAGGAUGAUGGGCUGGGGCUACAGGUGAAGAAAGCACUCGAUGAGUCUUCCACGGUCCAGCCACAUAAUGAUGAUGAUCAUGUUGUUGUGGAGAAGAGUUAUAUCGAUGAUCUGAUAGCUGGGAUAACAGAUCUGUCUCUCACGGAAACAUUUGAGUGAAGAACAGAUGAAUUCAAGUGUAUUUUGUUUUUGACAUCAGUUACUCUCUUUUGUUUUACUUUUUCUACUUGACCAACAAAACCUUCUAGACGAUACGGAAGGUUCUCUAAAUUGGUUGUUUCCACGACCCACUUGGCCACCUGUUGUGUGGAAUGGUGACGAUGAGAUUACACUCUCUCGACCGUUGAUGUAAGACUUUACAAUCUCCUAAAAUCUCUGUACUUAAACCUUAGCCUUAAGAAAACUCAGGGAUUCACGUC